AUGGAGUUCUCUCUUCAAGAUCAGAUGAAGCUUCGCCGAGUCUUCUAUCUUGUUCCUGCUAAUCCUAACGCAGGCCUUACAUCAAUGAGUCUGGGACUCUUCCGUGCACUGGAUCGCCAAGGUCUUCCUGUUGGAUUCUUCAAGCCCAUACGCCAGCCAACGGAAACUGGCAAAGAACGUUCGACGCAUUUUCUGCGUGCAACUGGAAUCAGUCAUCCUAUUGAGCCCCUGUCAUUUCAUCACGCGCAAGAUCUGUUAAAGUCGGGAAAGGAAGGGAGACUAUUGCAGGACGUAGUAGAGCUUUUCGAAAAGGGGUGCUCAAAUGAGCACCAUGCCAACUCUGUUUUUGUGGUCGAAGGAUUACAACCAACAGCCGAACAACCAGAGUUGGAUCACUUGAACCACUUAAUCAUCAAAGCACUGAAUGCAGAAGUCAUAAUUGUUUCAAAUCUUCCAAAGAAAGGAACAGAAAUCGAUUUGGAAACCUUCCAAGACCGACUCCGCGAAAUAGCAUUUCCAUACGGAGGAUUGGAAGAUUCGAACGUGCUAGGAUGCAUUAUCAACAAAUACAAUGCCCCAGAAUCUCCAUUCAUGAAAAAGGCUCCGACGUUAGAUCCCCUCUACAAAGAUCCUACCGAAAUCUUGAAGAAAUGUGAGGUAUUCCAUGGAGACUGUAGCCUUCUGGGUGUCAUCCCGUGGGACUUUAAAAUAUCAAGUCCGAGAACUUCAGAUCUGGCCGAGCAUCUUGGUGCUUACAUCCUCAAUGAAGGAGAGAUCAAAACUCGCCGUGUGACAUCGGUCAAGAUUGUGGCGCGUUCGAUAAAGCACAUGAUUGGGCCCGUGUUGCAGCCGGGAACCUUUGUGAUUACCCCUGGUGACCGAGAUGACAUUAUCUUGGCGGUAUGCAUGGCUGCAAUAAAUGGCGUUCCUUUUGCUGGACUGGCUCUUACUGGAGACUACGAACCAGACAAGAAUGUGUUGAAUCUAUGCGAAAUGGCAUUCAAAACUGGACUUCCUCUGCUGCUAUUAUCGACUGACUCGUUUGAAUCUGCCGCGCAUGCCGCAUCUAUUGACAUGCAGGUGGCUAUUGAUGAUAUCGAGCGUAUCGAGAACAUCAUGGACUACACGGCAGAAAGACUGGACAUUUCACCUCUACUGGAUCGCAUCAAGCUUGUCAGGGAACCUCGUUUGUCUCCUGCUGCUUUCAUGUACAUGCUGGCCAAUCUCGCACGACAAAAGAAACGGCGCAUUGUAUUACCGGAAGGAACAGAACCAAGAAUCAUCCGAGCAGCAGCCAUUUGUCACGAACGCAACAUUGCACAAUGCGUUCUUAUUGGAGAUCCUACUGAUAUCCGACGUCUUGCUGAUGUCCAAGGCAUCACGCUUCCCGAUGACCUUGAGAUUGUCAACCCUGAUCAUGAAUUACGCAUGAACUAUGUCGAGCCCAUGGUGGCGUUGCGAAAACACAAAGGACUUACCUCUCCAUCAGCAUUUGCCCAAUUGGAAGAUGUGACUGUUCUCGGCACAAUGAUGCUAGCAGUGGGAGAAGUUGAUGGCUUGGUCAGUGGUGCUGUUCAUUCAACUGCCAAUACUGUCCGCCCUGCGCUACAACUGAUCAAGACUCGAAGCGAUUCCAAAUUGAUCUCUUCCAUUUUCUUCAUGUGCUUGCCCAAUCAGGUGUUGAUUUAUGGUGAUUGUGCUAUCAAUCCGGAUCCAAAUGCCGAAGAGCUUGCUGAUAUUGCGCUACAAAGUGCGGCUUCUGCGGAGUCUUUCGGCAUUGAGCCUCGUAUCGCCAUGCUCUCAUACUCGACGGGAAGCAGUGGAAAGGGUUGUGACGUUGAAAAGGUCCGAGAAGCAACUCGUAUUGCCCAAGAACGACGACCCGACCUAUUGAUUGAUGGUCCAAUGCAGUACGACGCCGCAUGUACGGCUGAAGUCGCCAUGUCCAAGGCUCCUAACUCCAAAGUGGCUGGCCGAGCCACAGUUCUUGUCUUCCCCGAUUUGAACACAGGCAAUACAACAUACAAGGCUGUGCAGAGAACAGCAAAUGUUGUGGCCGUUGGACCCAUGUUACAGGGCCUUCGACGCCCGGUUAACGAUUUGUCUCGUGGCGCGCUUGUGGAUGAUAUUGUCUACACCAUCGCAUUGACAGCAAUCCAAGCAGACAAGGCAGAGAGUGUCACGCCGGCUGUCUCCACCAAAGUUCCACCUCGAAACCUCAAGCGAACAAACAGUCUCCCUUCGCCGGAUUCGUCCGAUGACUUGCUGCUGCUACAAGAUAUUUCUAUGCAUGAUCCCUGCAAGGAUUUGCAAGAACCAAUGACUGUUCGAGAUCAUCGUAGAUCCAUGACAAGCUUUCCAGUCGUGAAACGUUCCGACGAAUCCUCUCUAUUUACAGCGAUGGGUUUCUAA